CGCAUGCGCCGUGUGUGUUCCUGGCCAGAGGAUGAGGCGGCGAUGGUGGUCUCGCUAUCUCCCCGCCCCCCGGCUCCCGGUCGCCGAGGUGCCCGGAUGUAGUGGAUGAGGCAGCGUCAGGCUCGCUCCUGCCCCCGGGACGUGUAGACGAGUGGCGAGCGGCUCGAGCCAGGAGCGCCCAGCGCGGGGACCCGGGGGGAGAGCCAGAGCCUGCGCCGACCCGCAUCCUGCCCCCGCCGCCCUGCAGAGCGACCGGCCGGCUGCCCCGGCCAAGCGGAGAGGCCCCGCUCCCCUCCCCCAGUGCAGCCCCCGCGGAGACGCUCCCCGUGGCCGGGCCUCCCGCCGGGCCCCCGCCUCCUUCCACCGUGCGCGAGGAGCGGCCCCGGCAUGAGCAGCGCCCGGAACAACCGCGUGAUGGUGGAGGGGGUCGGGGCCCGGGUGGCGCGGGGCCCGGACUGGAAGUGGGGGAAGCAGGACGGCGGCGAGGGCCACGUGGGCACCGUGCGCAGCUUCGAGAGCCCCGAGGAGGUGGUGGUGGUUUGGGACAACGGCACCGCGGCCAAUUACCGCUGCUCGGGGGCCUACGACCUGCGCAUCCUGGACAGCGCCCCCACCGGUAUCAAGCAUGAUGGGACUAUGUGUGAUACUUGUCGACAGCAACCAAUCAUUGGCAUCAGAUGGAAAUGUGCUGAAUGCACAAAUUAUGACCUAUGCACAGUCUGUUAUCAUGGGGACAAACAUCACUUGAGGCAUCGUUUUUAUAGAAUAACCACACCAGGAAGUGAAAGGGUGCUGUUAGAGUCUCGUCGUAAAUCAAAGAAAAUUACAGCAAGAGGAAUCUUUGCAGGUGCCAGGGUGGUACGAGGAGUUGAUUGGCAAUGGGAAGAUCAAGAUGGUGGCAAUGGACGUAGGGGGAAGGUAACUGAAAUCCAGGACUGGAGUGCAUCAAGCCCACACAGUGCAGCAUAUGUUUUAUGGGACAAUGGCGCUAAAAAUCUUUAUAGAGUUGGCUUUGAGGGCAUGUCUGACCUGAAAUGUGUUCAGGAUGCCAAAGGAGGCUCUUUCUACAGGGACCAUUGUCCUGUGCUAGGUGAGCAAAAUGGUAACAGGAAUCCUGGUGGGCUGCAGAUUGGUGAUCUGGUAAACAUUGACCUUGAUUUAGAAAUUGUACAGUCUUUGCAGCAUGGUCAUGGGGGAUGGACCGAUGGCAUGUUUGAGACCUUAACCACCACUGGCACAGUUUGUGGCAUUGAUGAAGAUCAUGACAUAGUAGUACAGUAUCCAAGCGGCAACAGGUGGACAUUUAAUCCAGCUGUUCUCACCAAAGCCAAUGUUGUCCGAAGUGGAGAUGCUGCUCAAGGUGCAGAAGGAGGUACCUCACAGUUUCAAGUGGGUGACCUCGUUCAAGUUUGUUAUGAUUUAGAACGAAUCAAGCUUCUUCAGAGAGGUCAUGGAGAAUGGGCUGAAGCAAUGCUCCCUACUUUAGGUAAAGUUGGCCGUGUCCAGCAGAUUUAUUCAGACAGUGACUUAAAGGUAGAGGUUUGUGGAACCUCUUGGACAUACAAUCCAGCAGCUGUCUCAAAGGUAGCAUCAGCAGGAUCGGCUAUAAGCAAUGCAUCUGGUGAGAGAUUGUCUCAACUUUUGAAGAAACUGUUCGAAACACAAGAAUCUGGGGACCUCAAUGAAGAACUUGUUAAAGCUGCUGCUAAUGGAGAUGUAGCUAAAGUGGAAGAUUUGCUAAAGAGACCGGAUGUGGAUGUGAAUGGGCAGUGUGCUGGACACACAGCUAUGCAAGCAGCCAGUCAGAAUGGACAUGUUGACAUUUUGAAAUUACUUCUGAAACAGAAUGUGGAUGUGGAAGCGGAGGACAAAGAUGGAGACAGGGCUGUUCACCAUGCAGCUUUUGGAGAUGAAGGUGCUGUGAUAGAGGUUUUGCACAGAGGCAGUGCAGAUUUGAAUGCUCGCAACAAACGCAGACAGACUCCACUUCAUAUUGCUGUUAACAAAGGUCAUUUACAAGUUGUAAAGACCUUGCUGGACUUUGGCUGUCAUCCUAGUCUCCAGGAUUCUGAAGGAGAUACUCCGCUUCAUGAUGCGAUAAGUAAAAAGCGUGAUGACAUCCUGGCUGUACUGUUAGAAGCUGGGGCAGAUGUUACUAUUACAAACAAUAAUGGAUUUAAUGCUCUCCAUCAUGCUGCACUAAGAGGGAAUCCCAGUGCAAUGCGUGUAUUGCUGUCCAAGCUACCACGGCCAUGGAUUGUGGAUGAGAAGAAGGAUGACGGCUAUACUGCCUUACAUUUGGCAGCACUCAAUAAUCACGUGGAAGUGGCUGAACUCUUGGUGCAUCAGGGCAAUGCUAACCUGGAUAUCCAGAAUGUCAACCAGCAGACUGCAUUGCACCUUGCCGUUGAACGACAGCACACACAAAUAGUUAGGCUCUUAGUCCGUGCAGGUGCUAAACUGGAUAUUCAGGAUAAAGAUGGGGAUACUCCCCUACAUGAAGCCCUGAGGCAUCAUACUUUGUCACAGCUUCGCCAGCUCCAAGACAUGCAAGAUGUGGGCAAGGUAGAUACUGCUUGGGAGCCAUCAAAGAACACAUUAAUAAUGGGACUUGGUACCCAAGGAGCAGAGAAGAAGAGUGCAGCAUCUAUUGCCUGCUUUCUGGCAGCAAACGGAGCUGACCUCAGUAUUCGUAAUAAGAAGGGUCAGUCUCCUCUUGACCUCUGCCCUGAUCCUAGCCUCUGCAAAGCAUUGGCUAAAUGUCACAAAGAAAAAGUCAGUGGACAGGUUGGCUCUCGAAGUCCGUCUAUGAUCAGCAAUGACUCAGAAACUUUAGAAGAAUGUAUGGUGUGUUCAGACAUGAAGAGAGAUACGUUAUUUGGCCCAUGUGGACAUAUUGCUACUUGUUCCCUCUGCUCACCACGGGUCAAGAAAUGCCUCAUCUGUAAAGAGCAAGUCCAGUCCAGAACAAAGAUUGAAGAAUGCGUGGUAUGUUCAGACAAGAAAGCAGCAGUACUCUUCCAGCCUUGUGGUCACAUGUGUGCUUGUGAGAACUGUGCAAGCCUGAUGAAGAAGUGUGUGCAGUGCCGGGCAGUGGUUGAGCGGAGAGUGCCUUUCAUUAUGUGUUGCGGAGGGAAAGGUACAGAAGAUACCACUGAUGACAUUUCAAGUGGAAACAUUCCAGUUUUACAGAAAGACAAGGACAACACCAAUGUCAAUGCAGAUGUACAGAAGCUGCAGCAGCAGUUACAAGACAUAAAGGAACAGACCAUGUGCCCGGUUUGUUUGGAUCGUCUGAAGAAUAUGAUCUUUCUCUGUGGCCACGGAACAUGUCAGCUUUGUGGAGACCGAAUGAGUGAAUGCCCUAUAUGCCGCAAGGCUAUAGAACGAAGAAUCCUUUUGUAUUAAACAAUAAAACCAAGUGUCAUCUGUAGCUUAUCAAAUUGUCAGUACAUUUUGGUCAUCAAAUCUCUGUAAGUUUGAAAGGCAAUUUAAGGUUCUAAUGAAAACAUUUCUAAUACUCCAAUACAUAUGUGCUAUGUUGUAAUUGCUUAAAGACUAAACACACCAGAAAAGAAAACAGUAUUUGAACAGUCAACUUUUAGUUGUACUAUCAAGAGACAGCUAAGAUAAGGCUAACUUAAUAAAGCAAGUCUUUCCCCUCCCCACCCCAUUAAAGCACCAAGUGUAAAGGGACAAUCCUGAUUUUCUGUUUUGGUAUCUUUAAAGUUUUUAUAUGUAUGUAUGGACUUUAAUAUCAGCCAUCAAGUAAUGUAGAUUUUGUACUGCCAGUUGCUUUCACAUAUUUAUUUUUUUAGCUCAAGUUUGACACCUCUUUAGCGUUUGCUUAAUUGUCAAAUGACAGAGAAAGUUAUGCCUCAUAGUACUAUUGUCUUGAAAGGUACAGUAAUGCAAAAUCAGCACAAUAUAUCCAAGUAGUAUUCAGGACCAUACCAUUCCUAUAAGAUGACAUCAGAAUAUAACCACGUGGAUAACUUUGACUGUAAUGUGCCCUACAUGCUCAGUGUGGGUUUAGAGGAGAAUGUCAGUGGAAAGAAACACAAGUUUGCUUUAGGAAUGUUAUGCCCCCAAACCUGUACUUCAGUCUGACAGAAUCAAAUUAAACUAAAUAAGGAACUUCUUAAUCCUGUCAACAAAAAAACCUAAUAUAUAGAAUUGUGAGUGGAGAGUACUGAUUGUUUUUCUUUACAAGGUAUUUGAAAAAUAAGUGUAGAUCAGUUAUCAAUUUCACACCUAAAGAGUGUAGUUGAUUAAAAUAUUUGGGGAACAAGUGUAUAACCAGAGAGUAGGGAAAUUAUGGGUCUCAUGAUCUAAGGAAACUGGGUGAUAUAUUUUUCCUUUGGAUUCUGUAGAAAUCAGCUGUUCUUUAAAUCAUCUUUUCUGUUGCAGACUGCAUUUUUUACAUAAAUCAGUGUGGUCUUCUAUUAAACCAGUCUUACAGAAUAAAUAUAGGGAAACAAUAGUAACAGCAAAGGAGGUAAACUAUAUAUUGCCCAUUCAUCGCAAUGGAGUAUUAAUUUCAAAUCCCAGCAGUGACCAUUUAAUAGCUAAUAUUAAGCAAGGGAGUGGUGAUAAGUCAGUGGGUUUCCUGACACAUGGAUAGGUUACUUGAAACUGGUUGUCGGAGUUAGCUAGGAUUUGUAUUGCACUUAUAGAUGCUCUUGGCUUUUUGACUACUACCAGCAGCUCCAAAACAUGAGUAAGAGCACAAUCCAAAUGUUCUUCAGGCUUUGGUGGUGGGACUGUAGUCAGGAUUUCAGGAAAGGAGUUAAAUUUGGAGCUCUUACAGCCAAAUGAUGGCAUAUAAAAGCAAUUCAGCAGUUACCUGAAUUACUGAUUGAAUAGAAUAUGAAAUCAGUGCUUGUUGUCUUUUAGCCUUGAUUUGGACAAUUUCUUUCAAGGAUUGUGAAAUACACAGUGGAUUCAGUUAGGUGCCUUACUUGCAGCUAACACCGGUCUCCUUCAUUUAACUCCUGUUACACAUGGCAGGGACAUGAAAGUGGGAAUUGGUCUGGGGAAGAUCAAGGUGAGAAUGAAGUGAUUCAUAGUCAGCAUUCUUCACCUGGAAAAUCACGUGCUUACACAAUGCAUGGUCUUCUGUCACGUGCUUACACAAUGCAUGGUCUUCUGAAGUGUGUGAUAAGCUUGUGUUGAUCUUUGGAAUUCUGCACACUUCAGCCAAAAUCUCAGAAGAAUUUACCAAUGCUUUUUAAGUGUUGAUCAUGUAGUUAGAACACCUGUAUGGUAGAAGAAAACUCUACAGUGGUUUCUUAGAAAAUCAAUACAUAAUGCAUUAGCUGACAAAACAGUCCAUGCCCCAAAAUUUCUGAUCCAACAGGUAGAGAUGUUUCUUGCUCUUUUUAACUCAAUCCAAUCCAGUAUUCUUUGUUCUGAUGUUCCAGCAGUCAUAUAUAUAUAUCAUAUCUCACUCUGUGUUUGGUCAUCUACAAAGCUUUCUGCUUUGCCUGGUGUUUUGAGUCCCUAUUCUAAAAUAGGCAGAUCCCAGUAGCUUCUAAAUAAAAUCUUUGGUUGUCAGUAAAUCUUGUCCUCAGUUUAGCAGUCCCACAACUGGUUUAAUUGCUUUAGCUCUAGGAAUUUUAUAUACUUUUGGAGUUGCAGCCUGGUUAGCUGAGGUUUCUGAAUUCCAGUCUGAGAGAAUUCUUACAUUCUGUGUUCUUGUGUAAUCAGAAUAAUUCUGGUAUGAUUUUUCCAACGUUUUUGGGGAAAUGGUGUGGUAGCCCAUGCUGCAUACAUUGCAGAUUUUUUCUCCCUUGACAUAAGGGUCACCUGGCUUCUGUGGUUGGUGUUGCACAGCAGGACCCUUUGGCUUCUUGUCCCCCUGUUGACCCUUCUCCAAAAGAACUGGUUCUGUCUAAUACAGAGCAACACUGAACCCCUUGCUAUGAAUUUCAUUCUCUUGUUUCAGGUCUCUGACAUGGUUUUCUUUAACCCAGGGCAGAAUCAUUUUGAGCACUGUUUCGUACUUAAAUUAUUCAGAAAGGCCUCUCCAUAAAGGCUCAGUACAAAGUACUUGAUUAACAGUUAAUCACCACUUCUGCACGAUCUCUUGGUAAAUGCAGUUCUCACUCAAAACCCCAUUAUGGUAGCUCAAUGCACUACUUACUACAUAGCAGUCGAUAUUUUUAUAAUAUUUAAGUAAAUUGUGGGGGGGGGGUUGUUUGCAUUCAGCAUUGGAACAAGCCAGUGGUAAGAUCCUAUUUUUUCAUGCAAUGUUCAGCUGUUUAAAUAGUCUGAAUUAAAUCUUGUCUCUACUACAGUAGUGGGUGUUCUCAUUUCAUUGGGACCAGGAUUUCACCCUCUAUCAUGUCUUUUGUGUCUGAUCUUUUCAGGUUGUCUGAAUUAAUUUGAUCCUGUGUUACCAUCUGAUGAUGCAACUAAUACUUGAACCGAAUUUAACUGGGCAUUAAGUAUUUUCCUAAAGGACUAAAUCAAGGCAUCCAGGGGAGAAAACCGGUAGAAAAAUGCUGAGCGUACUUCAUCUGUGGAGAGCACAGAUGUCAGGUGAUAGAGGAGUUCAGUCGGAUGUCAGGUGUGUAGGUGAUAGAGGAGUUCAGUUCACAGUGGGCUUUAUAUUUUUCAACAGUUCCUCAGCUACAAAACUAUAGCUGCUGUAAGACAUAAAUAUAUAAAAUCUAUGGCUAUGUAUAUAAAUAAAGUGAAUAAAAGUGCUGCUCCAAGAGCUGUCCUUUCCACACCAUGGUCCCUGGUUUGUCCCUAUCAACACAUUCAGACCUCUCAUUAUAUAUUUCUUUUUUUGUAUUCAACUUGGUUGAGCAGUGUUGCAUGCAUGAUUCCAUGUCAAAAAUUUAACUGGAUAUUAUCACAAAGUCAAGCCAAAUAGUUUAAUUAGACAACUGCUUUUUUAAAAUAAGUAAUUAAGCAGUUUAACUUUGUAGCACUUAUUGUUUAAGGUGCUAGUAUUGGCAUUCUGUUUACAGAUGAGAGUUUAUCCCAAUUGACAUUAUGAAGUCAGAUAUAGUACUUUCAAUAUGAUUUUUAAUUGAUUUUAAGAAAUGUUUGCCAAAACAUUGUAGCAUAUGUAAAUAGGUGUUUAGACUUGUACACUAUCUCUUCAGAUUGUGAUGUAUGUUAAAGCUAAAGAUUUAGGUAGCUUUGAAGAAACCAGCUGUAUCAGACCAUAUUUAUACAGUAUAUUCACAUUACUUAGCAACAGUAUGUCUGCAGCCUGAUAUUGUCUGAAAGGCUUGCAUACUUCUAUAUGAUACUUGCAUACUUCUAUAUGAUACCUUUUUUUUUUUUUUUCCUGUUUUAAAACAAUCAUAGGCUCAGAAGAUAGGUGGGGGUCAUGGCAAGUAGGGAAAGAUGAGGAUGGGUCAGUGUAUGUCUGUGAGUGAAUCACUGUACAGAUUUUACUGAAACCGGGAACAAGUACUCGAUAAAAGAAAAAAGAAUCAGUAAACAGACAAUUGGAUUUAAUGUACGUGUUUGAGAAUUUCAGAUAUCACUUUUCUUAUUCUUAGAACAAUGCCCCAAUAUUAAGAGUUGUUUGGGAAUGCAAUUGGUUGGAGGAACUUCAAUGUAUUCUUGUUACACAGUCAAGAAGAUAUCUACAUUAUAGUUUAUUAUUUGAGUGCAAAAGUUUUUUAUUAUUUGGGUGUUCAAAAGUUUGCUUGAACAGCUUUCCUUUCUGUAUGGUAAUCAGAUUAAAUUAGAGAUGGCUGCUAUACACAAUAGUAUUGUAAAGGAACUAUGAAGAGACCUUAAUUUUAAAUUUGAGGGGUCUGUACAAUAAGCUAAAUAGCUUAAAGAUGUCAGAACUUAAUCACUUAACUUUCCAGCUUUUCCCCCCCAAUUAUGUACCAUGACUUUUCAGGCCCAUUGCUUAAAGAUAUUCAAUAUCUCUUGCUCUACAUUCAAGGCAUUUGGCACUUUGCAGGAUCUGAGUCACUGCUACAUACUUUCAUGUUUUGUUAAAAUACUAGUUAAGUAGUUCUAGAUGAGGACAAAAUCCCAUUUAAGAAAGAAUAGGUACCCCCCCCCAAAAAAAAAUUUAAAUUGGAAAGGUAAUAAACACAAGUUACUUUGUAAAUGUGAAAAUUCCUUCAAAAACUAGUUUAACUAUAAACUUUGGCCAAAUUGGAAUAUAGAAAAAUUGUGUGCCUUGUUAACAUAGUCUUUAAAAUGUUUUUAAUCUUGUUCUAAAGAUUUGUGAAACGAGCUUUUCAAAAAGAAUCUGAUUUGAUAUUGCCUUUAUGUUGUGAUAAGAAUAUUCACUGAUACUGUGUAGAUAUUACCUAGAGAUGGAGUUUUACUAAGGUAUGCCCUACUUAUUUAUAACAGUAUUACUUACAAUUUAUGGCUAGUGUAAACACUAAAUUGUUUGAGAAAGUUACUUUGAGUUAUUGGUCUCGCUGAGCUUCUCUACAAUAUUGCAAAUGUCAAAAGUUAACAUUUUGCUUUGUUCGUAGUUGCUGGUGAAUUGUGUAGAGCCUGGACCAUAACUUGUGUUAUGAAGUUCUUACAGACCACUACAAUGUUACUUUUAGUAACUCUGCCUUUUUUCUGUCAAAGUGUUCAGUUCUACAGUAAUUGUUCUUUACCUUUAGAACGGAGUGGGAGUUUUCUUAAACACUACAAUUUAGUUUUGAUACAUCAGUUUUGGUGCCUGACUAGAUGUGACAUAAAGGAUUAUUGCUGACUGUAUAAAUAAUGUACAGGAGGAAUGUAUCGUUCCCCAUAGUACUGUACAUUCCUGUUUCCCUUCCCUAAGUUGCUGGAAUUCAUAUACUAUUUUCCUUUUACAAUGCAGAAUGUGUUUUGUUCACAGAGUAAAAUACUGUUGUCUAUAAAGUUCUAUUGUGUGCCAUUUUUAUAGCUAUAGCUGCAGUAAGUAUGAGGGCUUUUUAACAACUUAAACACAUUCAUAAAUGUUCUUCAGUGCAUCUUGGAGAAUAUUAGAGGUUUAAUGGUUGUAUAGUGGCCUUGAUAGAACAAUUGAAUUGGCAGCAGCCAUAGAUCCUUUACAGAAUGGAAGUACAUAUGAAUCUACAAACUGGGUUUAUGCAGCAUAAAUGUAUAUGUAGCAUACGUGUUGCAUUUAUGCCAUUUAUUUGUCUUUCUGUAAAGGAAAGUUAGCAGAUUUAGCUUUUUUAUGCUUUUGUUAAGUCUUGUUUAUGAUAACUACAUCAAUAGAGCAAAUGUGAUAGGGCCUGAGGAUGGUAUUCCAAAUCAGACAAAUAGCUUUUGGGGGAGAGGGUGGAUAGAAAAUUCUACAUAAUAACAUUUUUAGUAUGAAAGGAGAAUCAUUUUAUAAACCAACUUCUCGCAAAAAUUAGCUUAAUAAUUCAGACCUAGCAAAUCUUUUUAUAAACAAGUUUGCAUGGCAUUUCAUAGUUACGAAAGUGUAAGUCUUACUCUGGGCUCCUAGAAAGUAUUUUCUUUGUCCCAAGCUUAGUUAUGGAUGCAACUUAUUCUGUAGUAGAAAUGGGUUUUACUGAACCACAACAACAUUUUUUGCUUUUAUUAGAAAAUCAACUUUGUAUUUUUGGUAAAUUGUAGAUUUGAUAUGACUGUUGACUGGAUUAAAUUCAAGUUGUGUGUGUGUGUGAAUGUAGUUGAUUUCUGUACUGCAAAUAGCUUUACAUAAUUGCAUUGAUUAAAACUGCUUAGCAAGACCUAAGCUUUUCAAAACAAAUGCUAAUGUACCGUAUUGUUAAUAAAACUUAUGAUAUAA